CCGAAUUCUGGUGGUCGCCCCGGUCUGAAUCAACAUUGCAGGUGCUCUGAACCUGGGAUUCAAAGGAGCUUUCUGUUAUGUCCAGUGGUUCAUGACGUCACUGCAAGGAGUGCUGGGACGACUGCUUAGUAUUAUCAGAUCGGGAUGGACCCGAUUGUCUGAAGUAUUUAGAGGCCCUGUGCAUGCGGUGGUAAACUCAGAGGCACAACCACUCGGCCAGGAUCUGGAUGUUUUGGCUGAGAAUAAUAACAUCCUUAACCUCGACCUCCCUGACAUACCCACCAGCGAUCUCGAAGCGCCUAGUGUCAAGUGGCUACUCGAGACGUCUACGGAUCCUGAAGUAUUUCUCGCUGCUGCCCGUCUUGUCCCGCAGGUCGAAUGGCCCCUGGAUGUUGAUGUUUCAGACAUGCUGCAUCAACUAUUUGAUAUUCUCAGGAGCUGCGUCGACAUUCAAGGAUACAUCAUACCAUCAUUGAAGGAGAAGGCCUCGGCAUGUGCAAUGGCUCUGAUUCAUUUAUACUAUGGAUGUGUUCUUCAGGCAUAUCCUGACGAUGGCGAUUUUAUUGUCCACGGGAGACCAGACUUUGAUGUGCUUCUUGACAUUUUCCCAGGCAUGUACACAGCGGACCGGACGGUGUGUAGCACGACUAUGAACUUUUGUCAACCAGAUGGCAAUACGUGGCAUAUUUCUUGGUCAGAGGUUUGCCCUGACUCCGUCCCUGAGUGGCUGUCACAUGUUCUUCCUUAUCACUUUGUUACUGGGCGAGUGAAUGAAGACAUAGAAAACCUCGCGAUAAAAGUGAUGUCAAAAUUGCUAUCAUCCCCAUCUCCAUCCUCCCUGUCAGAUCAGAUUCUAGCCAAUUGCAUUAUUCUUGCUUGCGUCAUGGUCGGGGCUCAGGUUGACAAGAAGGCCAUUGUUCGGAUUGAUAAAAGCUCUGCUCUGCCUCUACUCAGCGAGUCUCUUUUGGUGCAGUUCCAAAAGGCUCUCUGGGCAUGGGAUGGAGGCGAGCUCGACAAUGAUAGGACAGGAGUCGUACGCCGAACAUGGAAGCUGCUUGAUAUUAUUUGUCGAAUCGUCGAGCUUGCUAGAUAUUCAUAUCGUCCUUUAUUCCACACCAUGCGGAACCUGGACGUAUGCAAGAAGAUUUAUUCACGAGCGAGAUCAUCCGAACAAAACGAUGCCUCGGCUUUGUUGGCAGCUCUGCGAAAUGCACUGCACUUCACGCUUGCUGCUGCCAGCAUUUCUCGGGACCCUGCCCAGGUAUGGAAUCGGCUUUUUGGGGAAGCCCUAUCCUACUCGCCAGAGGAUAUCGACUGGAUAGUGGACUACUUUGACUUCAUAUAUUACGACGACCACGAAGCGGCAUAUGACGUCCUUUUGCUACUGGGUAGUAUGGGGGUGUGCUGCAGCCCUGCUAAACAACAUCUGUUCAUCGAGAGGCUCAUCGCCUGUAUGGAUAGUAAUAUGCCUCUCCAUUUACGCCAUGCUGCUCUUCGCGCUGCUCACAGUGCCCAAGAACAAAUUGCCUCAAUCGAUGCCAUCGAUGAUGCGAGGCUACGGGACACAGUUUUGACCAAGCUCUCCCCUGCUAUUUUAUCCGUGCUUUGUCCGCACCCAGUUACAACACCCACCAAUGAUGAUCUCAACCUCUUUUCCAAUUAUGACCGCGACUUGUGCUAUCUCGAACUGGUCUGUGCCCUCGCGAGGAAUCCCGACUGGCACCCCCAUUUGUCUGGGGAUUGCCAUAUUGAUCGGUGCAUCAGCAUGAUUCCAAGGUACUGCAAUUCCGAAUCACCCACACAGCAUGCCUUUUACAUAGCUUGUAUCCUCCUCCAAAUCAUACCUGAACAGACAUCGAUCACAACGCUCGAUUCUGUUGCAAAGCAGCAGUGGCGGGACGUGAUGAGAAGCGCAUGGGAUGAUCCUCCAUAUACCAUUAACAACGCGUGCUGUUUCAAGCCCCUUCUUGUCCUUGUGGAUGGCACAAAGAAGUAUAUGCAGAUUGCUUCGAAAUCUGAUCUCGACCAGCUCAUUAGAAAUGUGGAUGAGUUUGUCGAAACGUUGGAGCGGAACAUGCAAGAGGAGAUGGGACUGGAGAUACAAGAUUCAGAGCAGGUAGAGGGGAUCAUCAUUGCUGCGAAGGAGUUGAGGACUGCAGCCAGCAAGAUGUUGGAGAGAUUUGGUCGGUAAUUGUUAGUUCUCUAACCAUGACUUGCAUGCUGCGUUAGAGUCUUGGAAUAGAGUAAGUUACGGGCAGUAUAUGCACGGAAGUGGGGAGUCUCAAUGAAAUCAAUACUGAACCA